AUGAGUCCCGGCCAGGGCUACACUCUGGCGGACUCUGAAGGCCCUACAUUCUUCCAGUUCACAGGUCCUGGUUAUGGAGAUCCCCCCCCACCCCCAGAAGAAACCAAAAAGAAAGAGGACCCAAAACCAGUCCUUCAGGAAUCAUCUUAUCCAAACCUGAUAGAUCUAGAAACGGAGAUAAGGCCUCUGCCAUAUGUGCCCCCCUUGCAGUUCUCUUUGAGGAGAGAAGCUCCCACGGGUGAACCAAUAGGAUUAAGAGGGCCAAUGGGAACCGACCUGGGACCAGCUAACCAGGACGGAGAGCGAACCUAUCAGUACAGGCCCUUUUCCACGAGUGACCUGUGUAAUUGGAAAACCCAGAACCCUCCUUUCUCAGAGAAACCCCAAGGCCUCAUUGACCUCUUAGAUUCCGUUUUGUUCACUCAACCCACCUGGGACGAUUGUCAGCAGCUGUUGCAGGUGCUCUUCACCACAGAAGAACGGGAGCGAAUCCUGGCAGAGGUGCGGAAACGGGUCCCGGGGGUCGAUGGGAGACCAACCGCCCAGCCUCAUCUCAUGGACAAGGGGUUUCCUCUGUUGCGGCCUAACUGGGAUUCUGAGUGAACGGAAGGUAGGGAGCGUCUCCGAGUGUACUGCCAGACUCUAAUGGCUGGCCUGCACACCGCAGCUAGAAAGCUGACAAAUUUGGCGAAGGUAAAUUUAGUAAGGCAAGAGCCCACUGAGAGCCCGGCAGCCUUCCUAGAGAGGCUGAUGGAAGCCUUUAGGCAAUAUACACCUAUGGACCCCCAGGCUGAGGAAUCACGUGCUGCAGUUCUACUAGCAUUUGUGAAUCAGGCAGCCUCAGAUAUUAGGAGGAAAUUACAAAAGAUAGAGGGGUUGGGAGAACAGACAAUACAAGAUUUACUGAAAGCAGCUGAAAAGGUAUUUAAUAACAGAGAGACCCCAGAAUAAAGGGAAGAGCGAAUUCGACAGGAGGAAAGGGAAUUAGCUGAGAAGAUCAGGAAGGAAGAUAGGGAACAUAGGGCGAAGGAAAAUCGGAAGAACCAGAGGGAGCUAGCCCAGAUUCUUUUUUCGGGGAUGAAGGCUGGAACAGAAUUGAGGGAGCCUCGAGACCCCCUGACGGGAGAAAAAGAGAGACCAAAAAGACAGGCCCUACUAGAGGCCCCAGCCCUUGCCCUGCCUAACCCAAAUAAGCCAUUCCAGCUUUUUGUAGAUGAAAAGCAAGGAAUAGAAAAGGGGGUCUUGACACAACAAUGGGGACCAUGGAAGCGGCCGGUGGCAUACCUUUCAAAGCGAUUAGACCCGGUGGCUGCUGGGUGGCCCCCUUGCCUUCGCAUCAUUGCAGCCACUGCCCUCCUCGUCUGCGACGCUGACAAGUUGACGUAUGGACAGCAACUCUGGGUUUACACCUCUCAUGCCAUCGAAGGGGUUUUAAAGCAGCCGCCAGGUAAGUGGAUCUCCAAUGCCCGCUUGACACAUUACCAGGCCUUGCUGCUUGAUGCCCCACGGGUGCGUUUUCAGACCCCUUGCUUCCUGAAUCCAGCAACGCUCCUACCUAACCCAGAGAAAGACCGCCCUCUCCAUGAUUGUAGUGAGAUACUGGCUGAGGCCCUGGCGGCACGAAAAGACUUAACUGAUGUACCGCUAAACAACAGUGAGCUAGUAUGGUUCACCAAUGGGAGCAGCUAUGUAAGAGAUGGACAAAAGAAGGCGGGAGCCACCAUAGUUGAUGAUUCAGGGCAGAUGAUAUGGGCUGAGACACUUCCCCCAAACACUUCUGCGCAAAAAGUAGAAUUGAUUGCCCUAAUACAGGCUCUGGAGCAAGCCAAAGAGAAGAGAGUCACCAUUUUUACUGACAGCCGAUAUGCUUUCAGCACUGCCCAUAUUCAAGGUCCAAUAUACCAAGAAAGGGGAUUUCGGACAGCUGAGGGAAAGGAGGUCAAAAAUUUGCCCGAGAUUCGCAGGCUCCUGAAAGCUGUCCAACUGCCCCGGGCAGUAGCAAUAGUACAUGUCCCCGGUCACCAGAAAGGAGAAGACCCUAAGGCAUGGGGCAAUCGUGCCGCUGAUGCGGCCGCUCGAGAAGCAGCUAGCUGGGACUACGCCGCCCCCAUAUUAGCCGUGGGACUUCCACCUUCUGGUAUGGUGACUCUGUCACCAGUUCCCGAAUAUUCCCUCCCUGAUCUCGUCUGGAUCAACGAGGAUACCACCCUCCAGAAGGAUGACAAAGAUGGAUGGUACCGAGAUCAAAACAACAACCUGAUAUUGCCUGCCAUCCUGGGUCAUCACCUGUGUGAACACCUGCACACAACUACACACUUGGGAGGGAAAAAGACCUUGACACUUCUCCAGACGGCCUGCCUGAGGUUCCCUCGACAAAAUGCAACUCUACGAGAGAUAAUCCAGACUUGCAAAGCAUGCCAGCUGAUGAAGACAGAGAAAAAGCAGCACACGGGAAUGAGGUACCGAGGGGAAGAGCCAGGGCAACACUGGGAGAUAGAUUUCACUGAGGUAAGACCAGGCAAGUACGGAUAUCGCUAUCUGUUGGUUCUGGUAGAUACCUUCUCGGGGUGGGUAAAAGCCUUCCCCACUAAGGGAGAGACAGCAAUAGAGACAGAGAUAGUGCCUAGGUACGGGCUGCCAGUGACUAUGGGCUCUGAUAACGGACCUGCCUUUGUGAGCCAGAUUGUACAAGGGCUGGCCCAAGCUCUAGGGACAAAAUGGAAGUUCCAUUGUGAAUAUAAUCCCCAGAGCUCAGGACAGGUUGAGAGAAUGAAUCGGACCCUAAAAGAAACUUUGACAAAGUUGGCAAUAGAGACUGGCGGGGACUGGGUGACCCUCCUUUCCUUCACACUCUUUCGGGCGCAUAACACCCCUUAUAAGCUGAAUCUUACCCCUUUUGAGAUUCUGUAUGGAAGACCCCCUCCUGUGUGUCCUAUUUUCGAGGGAAAAUGCCUGCCACCCCCUACUCUGGGACAAUUCCAGCAAACUCUGAUGGCAUUAAGUAAGGUGCAUAACCAUGCUUGGAAAUUGACAGAGAUACACGAGGGUCAGAGCAAGGGGGCCCUCCCCGCAGAUACCAUUGGCCCAGGUGACCGGGUUUGGGUAAAACGGCACCGGUCUAAGGUAUUAGAACCCAGAUGGAAAGGCCCUUAUGUUGUUCUCCUUACCACCCCUACCGCUGUUAAGGUUGACAGGAUUGGACCCUGGGUUCACUGCAAUCACGUGCGGCAAGCUACUCCGGAGGAACAGGAAAGAGCACGAGCAGAAUGGAAGGCGAGUCCUCACCCAUCAAAUCCUUUGAAACUGAAACUUGUUCGACGGGAGGCCUCCUAAUUCUCCUGCUGAUGG